UAAGCGUCGUGGCCGUACUGCGAGUAAUGCAAUGCUGCAGCGCAAAAGCGUAAAAAAGGGAAGCUAGGAAAUUUCAAGGGGCUGCCCACUGCGCGGGUGCCCGGUCGCCCCAGCCCACCUCCACCCUCCAGACGGGCGCAGCCAGAGGCCGUUCCGCGAGUCGCCAGCGGGGGCUGCUCUCCAGCUGCAGCCGAGCCGCGGUGCCUGCGCUCCCUCCCUUCUGCAAGCAGAGCUCCAGCCUCCAGCCCCUCCUAAUCCUCUUUCCUUCUCCUUCCACUCUUCGGUAACUCAGGGACAGAGGAGAAACUUCCUAAAAAAAACUGCCCGCCGGCCAAAGGGCUGCCCGGGGGUCGUCUCAGCCCCCUGCUUUCCCUCCUCGAUGUAAAUCUGCCCUUCCAGUCUUUGCACUAUGAAGCCAGCCUACUUCUUCAUCCCUUUCCUGCUCCAGAGUUGCUUUCUCUUGAGAAAGGUCCUAGCCCAAAGGACAGAAAUCUCCAGGAAUGGCGUCGCCUUUCAAGAUUGCCCCGUGGACUUGUUUUUUGUCCUGGAUACCUCUGAAAGUGUUGCCUUAAGGGAAAAGCCAUUCGGAGCCUUGGUUGACAAGAUUACAGCCUUCACCAACCUUUUCAUUGAUAAAUUGACAGAGAGGUAUUACCGGUGUGACCGGAAUCUGGUGUGGAAUGCCGGCGCCCUGCAUUACAGCGAUGUGGUUGAGGUGAUCAAGGGGCUCACCCGUUUGCCUGAUGGGAAAGAGGACUUGCAGAAGAGGGUGUCCUCUGUGGUUUCUAUCGGCAAAGGCACAUACACGGACUGUGCCAUCAAGAGAGGGAUUGAAGAGCUGCUCAUUGGGGGAUCUCAUCAGAAAGAAAACAAAUAUCUGGUUGUGGUGACGGACGGCCAUCCCUUGGACGGUUACAAAGAGCCCUGUGGGGGACUGGAAGAUGCUGUCAACGAAGCAAAGCACCUGGGGAUCAAAGUGUUCUCCAUUGCCAUUUCUCCAGACCAUCUGGAAACCAGGCUGAGCGUCAUUGCCACCGACCACACCUAUCGUCGCAAUUUCACCGCAACAGCACCUCAGCACGAGCUUGAGAAAACGAUCGACAUCAUCACUAAUAUGAUUACGGAGAACGUGGAGCACUCGUGCUGCUCGUACGAAUGCCAGCCUGCCCGAGGUCCCCCGGGACCCAUCGGAGAUUCAGGAUACGAGGGAGAAAGAGGGAAGCCCGGCAUGCCAGGUGAAAAAGGAGACUCUGGGGAGCCUGGGAAGCAAGGUGACCCUGGACCUGUCGGUUACCAAGGGAUGAAGGGAGAAAAAGGAACUCGAGGUGACAAGGGCUCCAGAGGUGCAAAGGGAUCCAAGGGGGAGAAGGGCAAGCGGGGCAUUGAUGGCAUUGACGGCAAGAAGGGCGAACAUGGAUUUCAUGGAUUACCUGGAUGCAAAGGUUCCCCUGGAUUUGAUGGCCUACGAGGACCUCCUGGACCAAAAGGCGACGCUGGUUCUUAUGGACCCAAAGGAGGGCCGGGAGAUCCUGGAAUUGAUGGAAAAGCAGGCCGGCCUGGAGUUACUGGAGCCCCAGGAGAAAAGGGUCAGCCGGGAGGCUCUGGCGUCGCUGGAGAGAAAGGGGAGAUGGGAGACGAGGGAAAUCCUGGCCCGGAUGGCCCGGCUGGAGAGAGGGGAGCCAAUGGAGAAAGGGGGCCGCUAGGGAUUCCUGGUGUCCGUGGACCGAGAGGAGAAAAGGGUGAGCCAGGACCACAGGGGGAACAAGGCCGUGAAGGACCAUUCGGACCACCUGGAGAACCAGGUGAGGCUGGCCCGGCUGGAUCUAAAGGGUACAGAGGAGAUGAAGGCGCUUCUGGACUAGAGGGCCCCAAAGGACCUCCUGGACCACCUGGACUACCUGGGGAUGCUGGUUUGAUGGGCGAAAGGGGAGAAGAUGGUGCCCCAGGCAAUGGCACAGAUGGAUUCCCUGGAUUCCCGGGAUAUCCUGGCAACAGAGGUGACCCUGGAGUAAAUGGCACCAAAGGUUAUCCUGGUCCUAAAGGUGACAAUGGAGAAAUUGGAGACUCUGGAGAUGAGGAUGGCUUAGAUCCUGUCCCAGGCCUGAAAGGAGCCAAGGGGUACAGAGGCCCAGAAGGGCCCCCGGGACCCCCGGGACCUGUCGGCCCGCCAGGACCAGAUGAAUGUGAAAUUUUAGAUAUCAUCAUGAAAAUGUGUUCUUGCUGUGAAUGCAAAUGCGGCCCCGUUGAUGUUCUCUUCGUACUGGACAGUUCGGAGAGCAUUGGCCUGCAGAACUUCCAGAUUGCUAAGGAUUUCAUUGUAAAGGUCAUUGACAGGCUGAGCAGCGAUGAACAUGUGAAGUUUGACCCCAGGGAGUCACGUGUUGGUGUUGUGCAGUACAGCCAUGAAGCGACCCAGGAGCUGGUGGCCAUGGGAGAUGCCAACAUCAACAAUAUUGGAGAACUCAAGGAGGCUGUGAAAAACCUGCACUGGAUCGCUGGUGGCACUUAUACUGGGGAGGCCCUGGCGUUCACCAAGGACCAGUUGCUGCAACGGUUUUCCUCUGACAACAGAGUGGCCAUUGUUAUCACAGAUGGACGGUCUGACACCCUUCGGGACCCAGUACCACUGUCCGCCCUCUGUGAAGUCAAUACCCAGGUGUACCCCUUGGGUAUCGGCGAUAUUUUCCACUCUCCUCCAAACCCUGAGCAAUUAUCAAGUAUUUCCUGUGGGGGAUUAUCUAUUCUACGAGAAAACUAUGCCGAGCUUCUGGACGACAAUUUCCUUCAUAAUAUUACCUCUUACAUCUGCAAAGACAAGAAGUGCCCAGACUACACUUGCCCAAUCUCCUUUGAUGGCCCAGCCGAUCUCACACUCCUGGUGGAUAGUUCUACCAGCGUCGGAAGCCGUAACUUCGAUACCACCAAAAAAUUUGUGAAGCGCCUGGCAGAACGCUUCCUGACAGCAGCCAAACCUGCAGAAGACACUGUGCGCGUUUCUGUUGUCCAGUACAGUGGCAAAGCUCAGCAAAAACUGGAGGCGCGGUUUGAACAUAACUACACCGUGAUUGCCGAGGCCAUCGACAACAUGGUAUUCAUUAACGACGCCACAGACGUGAAUGCCGCUCUCAACUACGUCACCAACUUGUACCGGCAGUCUUCCCGCUCUGGGGCAAAGAAGAAGGUAUUGAUAUUCUCCGAUGGCAAUUCUCAAGGCAUCACUGGAGAAGCCAUUGAGAGGGCUGUUCAGGGGGCCCGACAGGCGGGCAUUGAAAUCUAUGUACUGGUUGCUGGCACUCACGCCAAUGAGCCCAAUAUACGCGUACUUGUGACUGGAAAAACCACUGAGUACGAUGUGGCCUACGGAGAGAGACACCUUUUCCGAGUGCCUGAUUACCAAUCUCUGCUGAGGGGAGUCUUCUAUCAAACUGUAUCCCGGAGAAUAGCUGUAAACAACUGAGGUGGAAUAUAAAGGAACAGAAUAUAUAGAUUCUAAGUUUUUAAAAAAUAAAGUUAGCAAUCGACAGAACCCAUAUUUUUAUAAAAAGCCCACCCAUGUCCCUGCUUUUGAGCUGCAUUAUGCCCUUCCUUAAUUUCUCUUUUCCCAUGAAUUGUUGUACUCUACAAGGGGGGAAAUGCAGGUCAACUUAUUCUUGCUCCAUAUUUUUGAUUGGGGAAAGCUUGGUUGAUAAAACUCAAGAAUCUUAAAUGCACUACCUUUAUUCCUAAGACUGAUAGCACAUUUCACAUGGAUGUUAGGAGCCUCUUUCCAGAAUAAAGUUAUCCUUUAUCUUGCUGACACAAUAUUUUUAAAGUUUUCUAUUCUUUUAUUUUCAUAGUAAGAAAGACUGUUGCCUGGGCUGCCCAGCUCCAGAAAAAUCACUGCCCCUUAAGGACAAGGAGACAGUUGUAGAACAUCACCCGCUCUCUUCAGGGCAAGAGUGGCGAUUGCUAAAAUUGUAACCUUGUGUACUCAAUCCAGAUCAGAGCAAGUUGUUUUAGAAUCAUUUAACUCAACAGCAUCAAUGCAAACUAAAGUUUAGUUACUGGGCACUUAUUCUCUUCUUACACCCGAUAAAUCAGAGGCUCUGAAAAGCUGUCUUCCAAUUAGCAUUAUUUAUCUGAAUUAUUUGAAAUAAAAUUUCAGAGAAGCCUGCAGUUGGCUUCCGAGAGCCACAUCCUGUCCAAUGUGAGAGUCUACGCUGGUGCUAAUCCUUCCUCCCUUCAGCCAGAGUUUACAUUAUAUGUUUGCACAGUCAUUCCUGAAAAAAAUAUGUCAAAAUCGGGGAAUGGUUUAGACCAUUUAAUUCAGUUUUUCCAAUGGUGCUCUUGCAAUGAAAUCAAUGGACAUGAUUUUCAAUAUGGUGGCUUUUAACUGUUUUGUAAUCGAGAUCCAUGUUACCACUUUUAUUUUAUUUGCUUCCUGUGUUUUUACUGUCCAAUGUUCACAUCCGGAUUUCGUUCAAAUAAAUUGUUUUCCACAA